AUGGACUACCAAAAGAUAGCGAGCGAGGUUUACAACCUUGCAGAGUCAAAUGAACCCGUAGCACCCGUUGUAAAAGAGGCAUUGCAGGUCAUCGAGCAGUGUCUGGAUCAAUACGGGCAAGACCACGUAUCCCUGAGUUUCAACGGCGGGAAGGAUUGCACCGUCCUACUACAUCUAUAUGCUGCAGUUCUCGCCAGAAAGGUGUCGUCCACGCAUAAGUCUAUAUUCGCAUUAUACAUUCCAGACCCAUCACCAUUCCCUGCACUGGAGGAGUUUAUCAAGAUAGCAGCGCAAGACUACCUCCUCGAGCUUUUCACAUGCAAUCUAUCCUCGGACAUUCAGUUGCCUGUAGAAAGUGUUACACCCGGUGUGUCGACCCCAACAGCGCUCAAGGGGAGCAGUGGCUAUAUAGGGCAUAGCCUCCAAACUCAGCCUGUUGGAGCAGCUAGGGGUGGUGAAGGGAUGCGGCGAGCCCUGGAGUUGUACAAAUCACGUUUCCCAGAUAUUCAAGCGAUUAUGGUGGGCACACGACGAACAGACCCCCAUGGAACAACCCUAUCAUACAGAAAUGUGACGGAUCCGGGAUGGCCCGCCUUCGAACGAAUAAACCCAAUCAUCAAUUGGUCAUACUCAGAUGUCUGGACAUUCCUAAGGAAGCUCAAGAUUCCGUACUGCACGCUGUACGACGAGGGUUACACGUCUCUGGGAUCUACAUAUAACACACUCCCAAAUCCAGCGCUACUUGUCACGGGUCCUGACUCGUCCCACACUCUUCCUUCUUCACUCACGAUCGUGGCGAAUAAUCCAAAUACGAUGUGUUUUAUUGAACCAACUCCACCAAAGUCGUCUAUGAAUGACUUUGGUCCUUUUACCAUCAUUGCCAAUAACCCCGACCAGUCAUGCCUUGCUGACCCUGUCUCUGAUUUGAGGGAGACAGAGAGCGUCAAUAGUGUCGGCCCCCUACCGCGGUAUCGACCCGCGUAUGAACUACAGGAUGGAACUCUUGAGCGUGCUGGGCGGGUUUCGGGUCCUGUGAUAUCAGAGACCUGA